UAUAUAAGCCGGUGGGACAUUUUCUUUUCCCCUACUUUCCUUCUGGCCUAACCAGCAAACCUACAGCUACUCCUGAGCUCAUCUGAGAGGUUCAGAAUACCAACAUGGAAAACUGUGUUGAUGUCAAGAUAGAAACCAAGGGGGAAAGGAUGCCAAUGAAGCAGAAUCCACUGAGCACAGGUGGGAAGAGUUUCUGCAGAGCUGUGGGUUACCUCACUGGAGACAUGAAGGAUUUUGGAACCUGGCUGAAAGACAAACCUCUCAUGAUCCAGUUCCUUGACUGGGUGCUGCGUGGGAUAUCCCAGGUGAUGUUUGUCAACAAUCCCCUCAGUGGGCUGGUCAUUCUGACCGGCCUCCUGCUGCAGAACCCAUGGUGGACACUCACAGGAUGUGUGGGAACAGUUGUCUCGACUUUAACAGCACUUAUUCUGUGUCAGGACAGGUCAGCCAUAGCAGCAGGCCUGUACGGAUACAACGGGGUCCUGGUGGGAUUGCUGAUGGCUGUCUUCUCUGCUGAUGGAGACUACAACUGGUGGCUCCUCCUGCCAGUAGCACUGGUGUCCAUGACCUGCCCUAUUUUCACCAGUGCUUUAAGUGCAGUUUUCUCUAAGUGGGACCUGCCUGUUCUCACCUUGCCUUUCAACUUGGCCUUGACCCUCUACCUGGCUGCUUCUGGACCACACAACCUCUUCUUCCCCACAGCUAUCAUUCAUCCUGCAACAGCAACCCCGAACAUCACCUGGGCAGAUGCAGAAAUCACAAUGCUCCUGCAAUCCAUUCCAGUCGGUGUGGGCCAGGUUUAUGGCUGUGACAAUCCCUGGACUGGGGGAAUUUUCCUAAUUGGUUUAUUUAUCUCCUCUCCACUCAUUUGUGUCCACACACUGAUCGGCUCAGCAGUGGGGAUGCUGGCAGGGCUGAGCUUAGCAACGCCAUUCAACCAAAUCUACCUGGGGCUGUGGGGCUACAACAGCUCCCUGUCCUGCGCUGCCAUCGGGGGCAUGUUCUUGGCUCUCACCUGGCAGACACACCUCCUGGCCAUGGCCUGUGCACUCUUCACUGCCUACCUGGGAGCAGCAGUGACCCACAUGCUGUCUGUGUUUGGGGUGCCAUCAGGAACCUGGCCUUUCUGCUUGUCUGCGCUGACCUUCCUGCUCAUGACCACAAACAACUCUGCCAUCUGCAAGCUGCCCCUCUCCAAAGUCACCUACCCAGAAGCCAACCGAGCUUAUUAUCUGAUGAUGAAGAAACAUGAGAGGUCUUGCUGUGAGGCAUAGAGACCCAAGAAGAGAGAAACUCAUCAAAUUUUAAGGCAGGGGCACGAGGUUUUUGCCCAACUGACUGUGAUUUGCGUGCUACCAUGUCCAACACCAACUUCUGCGUGGAGAGACUUUUCCCACCACUGGGAAAAUCCACUAGAAUCUGUUUGUGCUAUUAAGAAGAUUUCUACUAGGUAGGACUGUGCUGUGCUGGAAGGACUUUUUCCAAGAUCAACCUGUUAUGAUUUUAAAGCACACAUGUCUGAAAAGACACUUGAAUUAUAAGCAAUGGGAAAAUUACUUAUAAGCUGAAAAGAAAAAUCACUCUGUGAAAUUGAAGACACCGAAAUCAGACAUAAGGAAAUAAAGAGCAUCUUUCAGCAUAUGAGGGGGCUUCAAGUUAAUGGCUAAACAGCUUAUGACAGCAAUAGGAGGCAUCUUAGAGAGUUUCACUCUGGCAGAGAAAUGGAAUGAAGAGCACUCUUUGCCAAGUAGAAAAUAGGUUGUGAAGAAUUCUACCUGGAGGACCUCCCAAACCCCAUGGAGAGAGAUGUUCAUUAGCAAUCAACAAACAUAAGAUGGACAUGAUUUUUGUGAUUUUUGUGUUAAUCUCAUGAUUUCUCUUAAUACUUGAACUUGGUGAUGGGUUAGCAAAGGAGGGGACAUCAAGAAAGUCAUUGCUAUCCCUUUCCUAUGCAAUAAAACGUCUCUGUUCAGUCAAUGCACAAAUAGAACUAAUUUGAGCUGAUCUAUUCUUCUCUCCCUACACUGUCCUCCUCAGCCCAUGAAUAUCAAAUUCUGGGGCUCAGGAGGCUCAGGGGUCCUUUCUGGCUGCUGGGGAACAGGGACAGGAGGAGAGGGAAUGGCCUCAAGUUGUGCCAGGAGAGGUUUAAAUUGGAUAUUGGGGAUAGUAUCUUCAUAGAAACAGGCUGUUUGGGGCAGUGGGUGUGUCCCCAUCCCUGGAGGGUUCUAAAGACCUUGUGGAUGUGGGGACAUGGGUUAGUGGUGGCCUUGGCAGCAAUUGUGUGAUUCUGUGAAGCUGCUGCUCUGCCUUUUCUCUCUGCCCUGCAGUGGGAAAGGGACGUUUGGGGACCAGCAGAGCUCUGCAGGACAUCAGCCAUGUGCCACCUCUUCCCAGGCUCCCCAGGGGUACAGGUAGGGAAGAGGGAAGCUGUCCUUGCACCCCUCAGCACAGAUCACCUCAUUCAGCCACCUUUCUGCCUGGCUCACUGUCCGUCUCAUGUGGAAGCUCACAUCUUCACCAAAAAAAUUCCACAUACUCACGUCCCUCAGCCCACAGGAACGUACAUGCAUUAAUGUCACACCACGAAAAGAAAAUCAAAGCCUGUUUUUCUUGUAGCAGAUGAAAUAAAAUCUAGCGUGAUUUUUUUGAGUUUGGGAAAUGUAAAAAAAAAAUCCCAAACCAUGUAUUUUUGCAAACAUCACAAAGACCUGAGUGUAAAAUAUUUGUGAUGAAAUGUUGGUUGUAUCUUCUGGUGAAGUUUUAGGUUUUCAGAUGUUCAACAGUAUUUCUGUAUGACUGACACUCACUUGUAAAAUGUAGCAUUUCCAUGACUUACUUAAUAAAUAUCUACAUCAUA